GGGAAGAUGGGAAAGUCCUGGAGAUGGGUGGUGGUGACGGUGGCACAGCGUGCGAUAGUACUGAAUGCCUCAGAACCGUACACCAGAAAAGGUUAACGUGCUGACAUCGUUGGCUGUGUGUGUUUUAACCACCAUUUUGUUUUUUUCCAGCGGGGGGAGCGGACGGAAAGCGAUGAGAAUCAGGCACAGGAAGCACGUGACUUCUGGGUAGAAGGAAGGAAGAAACCUGAAUUAAUCCGUCAGACCCCAAGACACCAGGGCACCCAGCGGCAGCAUCUCAUGUAGCUUCCACCUCUCGGGGUGUACUGGACCCCUGGCCACCACUCCUUCCCAUCACUCACUCCAUCCAGCAGAUGACAGGCCAGCUGGCCCCUGAGCCUCCUGGCCACAGCUGGAGCAAGAAGGCUGGAAGUGUCAGGACCAAAAGCCUCCUGGCAAGACCCUCCCCACCAUCGGACUCCCCCUCACCUGCUCACUGCGUCUGAGGAUCCUGCAACAGGCCCCCUCAGCUGCCAGCCCGUGGAUGCCAUUUGAGAUGUCCCCUUUCUGUUGCUGGGGCCUGCCCGCAGCUCUUCUUGCUGUGCUCUUCUGCCCAGGGUCUGGCGAGGAGGCGUUCGAGGUCUACGUGUCGCCAGAGCAGCUGGUGGUGAAGCACGGAGGGUCCUCUGAGAUCAACUGCAGCACCAGCUGUCUGCAGCCCACCAUCAGCGGUUUGGAGACCACCCUAAGCAAGACUCUGCUGGACAAGCAGCCUCAGUGGGAGCUCUACGAGGUCUUCAACGUCUCCACGGACACGGUCGUAUAUUGCCACUUCACCUGCUCCGGGAGGCAGGUGCAGAGGAAUGCCAGCAUCACCAUGUUCUACCCCCCAGAGCAAGUGCUGCUGAAGCUGCAGCCCACUUGGGUGACUGUGGGCAAAGUCUUCACCAUGGAGUGCAGGGUGCCGGCGGUGGCACCCCUUGAGAACCUCACCCUCACCUUGUUCCGUGGCCAGGAGCCCCUGCACAUGCAGAGAUUUGAGGGGGAAACAGCUGCCCCCCAAGAAGCCAUGAUCACACACAACAGCACGGCUCACAAGGAAGACGGUCGCCACAACUUCUCCUGCCGGGCUGAGCUGGACCUGCAACCUCGUGGUGGGGGUUUGAUCCAAAGAACCUCAGAGCCUCAGGUGCUUGAGAUCCAUGAGCCCAUGCCGGACAACCAGAUGGUCAUCAUCAUCGCCGUCGUGUCGGUGCUGCUGCUGCUGUUUGUGGCGUCCGUCCUGCUGUGCUUUGUCUUCGGCCAGCAGUGGCACCAGAGGCGGAGAGGCAAUUACGGGGUACAAGCCGCGUGGAGGAGGCUGAGACGCUCCUACCGGGCAUAGCCUGCGUGGGGUCGUGGCCCCGGCCCCGGCAGCCACUGGAACUCAGUGUGGCUCUCAGCGAUGUGGCCCGGCCACGGCAGGAGGACAGUGACAAGCCGCAGAGGACCUGGGGGACGUUUCCUUUUCUAGUCUGAAUACAAACGCCUGGACCUAA